AAGAACAAGCACCAACAAGAACAAGAACAAGAACAGCAACAACAAGAAUAUCAACUGCGUCAAGUGCGACGAUGGCUGCCAUAAAUACGGUAUCCAAAAGCAUACAUCUGCCUCUGACGAAUCUCAGCGCUCAGCGUGUGUUGAUGUGCAGCGCCUCUCUGGGCAGCGAGGGAUCCGUGACACUGCAACUGAGAGAUGCGAGUACCUUGGAGACAGCAGCCGAUAGCACAACACCAACAACAACAUCGACAUCGACAUCAGCAACAGCAGCAAUAACAACAACAGCAACAUCAAAUCCAAUAGCAACAUCGUCAUUGAGCAGCCAAUCAAAUGGCGUCACAGUGCUUGAGACAUCGUCAUCAGCUGCGUCAGGAAUAACGUCAGCAUUGGAGAAUGCUCUGACCGUUGGCUAUCCGGAUCCGGAAAUGCUAGCAGAUGUUUUAGGCACCAUACAGACAGCCUCUCUUAAAAACAAGCAUAGCAACAACAGUAAUAAUAGCAACAACAACACCAGCAUCAAAAGAAGCAAUAACAACAAGAGCAGCAGCACUGCAGCGACAAUUCUGACAAGCUCCGGGAUACAUCUGAAUAGUCCCAAUAAAAUAACGAUAACACGUCGCAGUGCCAGCAACAAGAUUAGCGUACAGACUGUGAGCACAUCGACGAACACAACGAUUAGCAGCAUUGGCGGCAGCAAGACCAACUACAUUAAGAACUGUCUAAUACGAAGCAGCAGCUGCAGCAACACGGCCACCAAUGUUACAACGUUGGCACAGAUUCUGAGCAACAGCAGCACCAGCAGCGCAGCCAGUUUACUCAGUCAGCACAACAACAAUAGCAACUGCAGCAACAGCAGCAACUUUAGCAUCGCAUCCUCUGUGGGCAGCAUUGGCAGCGUCAGCAGCAACACCAGCAACACCAGCAGCAGCAGCAAUUGUAGCAGCAGCAAUAGUAACGAUAGCAACAGCAGCCUCGGUCAAAGCUUAAGCUUCAAGAGCAAUGGUCGAAAUGUUGCUGGCAUAGUUACAGCAUCAACAACAUCCACGAGCACAGCAGCAACUGGCAUUGGCAUUGUCACCGUCGACAACGCGCCCAGAAAGAGUCGACCCAAAUUAUCCUCCCCUACGCGUCACGGACCUCAGCAGUGUCAGAUUUGUAGCAAGAUAUUCGGAAAUGCCUCGGCGUUGGCCAAGCACAAAUUGACGCACAGCGACGAACGGAAAUAUAUUUGUGCGCUCUGCUCGAAGGCAUUCAAGCGGCAAGAUCACUUAAACGGACACAUGAUGACGCAUCGCAACAAGAAGCCUUACGAGUGUCGAGCGGACGGCUGUGGCAAAUCAUAUUGCGAUGCGCGUUCCCUUCGUCGUCAUUCAGAGAAUCACCAUGGAUGCGUGCCGACCAGCGAAUCACUCUCGCCCACGGCCAGCACCAACGGCAACGUCAGCAACGGCAUUAGCAGCUUAACUGGCAGCGGGAGCAGCAAUAGCAGUAGCAACGGCAUCGGCGUUGCCACCAGUUCCCUGAGCCUAUCGCCGGCUACGGCCAGCGGGGAUGCCAGCUCACCGGAUGGCGCCACCUGCAUUCGCACAUAUAUUUCCACUGGUAGCUCCAUUGUGGAUGCGGCCACUGGAAUUGCGCUGUCCGAUGAGCAAAUCAGGGCAAUGAAUUUGCCCAUAAAAACGGGUGUUACUCUACUCUCGCCCACCACAUCGACAUGCUCGACAACAUCUUCCACCGCAUCUUCUAUGUCAUGCUCGUCAUCGGGCAAUGGCAACGGCAGCUCCGUUGUGGCCAGUUCACCCACCAUAACGCUCUGUGAUGGCGCAACGCUGGAGGCCGAGGGACUCACACGCGAGCAACUCGAUCUCAUCAGCAAGAUCAUGCAGCAGACGAAGCAAACCAGUGCCCAGGUCACAGUCUCGUCGCCCACCAGCGUUAGUUCCUAUAAAAUCAAUACGGAAACAGCCCAGGUCUCGGCGCGACCAAGGACCUGGAACAUGCAAUUGCUCAAUAAUGUGCAAAAUGUGACGCUUACAGUGGACGAGGGCACCGAACUGGUUGCCUCCGCAUCAAGCCCACCCGAUGAGGUAAAGGACGAUGAGCUGGGCCAGCAACAGUUAGUUACCGCCAUAAAUCCCCACCUGCUCAACAUUGUGAAGGUCGACAAGCCAGUUGAGUGUAAUCUCUGUCACCGUAAGUUCAAAAAUGUACCCGCACUUAAUGGGCAUAUGCGUCUGCAUGGCGGCUACUUCAAAAAGGAUCCGGAGACGAAGCGCAGCGAGAAGAAGGACUCCGGCGGACCUCCCCUGCAGACGGCCAGCAUUGGAGUGCGUGCCCUUAUCGAGGAGAAGAUUAUAAGCAAGCGAAAGGACAUCAACAAGGGUGCCUUUGCAGUUCCUGCACCACCCAGCAGUGCGGUUAAUAGUGGUGUCGUCAGCUGCAACAAUAACAAUAACAGCAACAUCAGCAGCAGCAACAACAACAACAACAGGAAUUGCAAUCUGCGUCGCUCCAUCAGCGACUUGGAGAGUUUUCUCAGUCCGAAGAGCAACGCGAACUGUAGCCUGAGCCAAGCGUUAGCCACCUCUUGCAGCACCACCACAACCACAGCGGUGCUGCCCGCUGCAACCACCAUUAAGAGCAGCAGUGGUCUAAGCAUUCAACAGAUUGGCCUACCGCAAAGCAUCGAGAUCUUCAGCGGUGGGCAGAGACAGCCGAAAACUUUGAGUUUGGGCAGUGGUGCAAAUACAAUUACGAUAACCACCAACAAUGUGCCUACGACGACGACAAUGAGCGCUCUGUCGGCACUAAAGGGCGCCAGCAGCAUAAACAGUGUCUCUGGCAAUGCGGAUCCCAAGGAUUCCACAUUGAUUGAGCUACUCAAGCGUGGCACAAGGAUUGCCGUCACCUCGAAGAAGGCACAAAACACAAGUACAAAUCUGCUGCUCAGCAAUGCGGCCAACGCCGAACUCAUUGGCAACAGUGUCCAGGCAGCGACUAGUCGUCAGAUUAUCACCAACAACAAUCGCACAGUGAUUAUACCCUCGGAUGUGCAUGUCGUGUCCACAAAGUCCAACAAGGUGAGCAGCAACGGAGCAAGCAAUGCGAACAGUAUCUCUCUGCCGGAUGGCACACCACUCUCCCUGACCAUUGGAGGUAAUCAGGAGAGCAUUGGGCCAAGCAGCAUCUCGGGUGGUGUCAAUGGGGUCUAUGCGGUCACCUACACGACCAAUACGGAUGCUGUUGAUUUAUUUGGCAAUGCCGAGGUGUUUAAUGUCUCGGAUACGGAAAUGCUAUUGCAAACUGUGGACACAAUGGAACUGCUGAACAAUGAGGAAGAGAAUGAGGAUGAGGGGCACAAGCAAAGCGAACAUUCCGAGAACUUUCCGCUGCUCAACAGUGUUGAGGACGAUGUGCUGAUCAAGUUGGAGCCAGAGUCGGGCACACCCAAUACCAAUACCAACACAAACACAAACACCAACCCUAAUCAGACAACAACGCCGUUGCCCACGUUCCAGCAAUUCCAUUCCAAGGAGCUCAUCAUGCAGAACAGCUCGCAGAUUCAGGCGAUUGCCAAUAUGCGAGGAGGUGUUCUCUCAUCACCAUUGCAUUCGCCAUUGGCUUAUCCGACACCGCCGUCCAGUCACGAGAAUGUUGCUCAAUCCUCGCCAUUUAUUGAAGAUGCUGCGGCCCAGUUUGUGGACGCCAACCACACCUUCUUCGGGGAUAAGACAGAUUUCUCGCACGUCUAUUUCAAGACGGAUGACGAUUGCAUGCAGCAUCAGCUCAACGAGAAUGACAAUGAGAAGAUACUCAAGUUAAAGACGGUGCUGGAGGAGAGCGCUUUUGAUGCUUCCAUCAAGGUGGAGGAUCUCUUAAAUGGCACCGAGGAUGAUGCUGAGUGUGAUCUGCGUGAGUUUGCGGAAACUAAUUUGUCGUUUCUCGAUGAGGAUCAGGAAUUCCUGAAUGACUCACGCAAUGCCACCUCACCUCUCUCAGAGUCCUUCUUCACCAGUGGCAUUGGCUCCGCGGAGGAUGUUAAGCAGGUGCUUCGCGAGGUCCUUCCAGAUGAGAAUAUGCAAUUGCAGCUGAGCAGCGAACAGCUGGCUGAGAAUAUCAUCGAUCUCUACUAUUUGCCCGGAUUGGGACUGCAAUCGCAAAUGAUGUCCAACUCGGAUGAUCCGCUCUUGUCCUCUUCUCCCCGAGAUUUUGGCCUGCAGCGUCAGGUGGUCCAUGCGACGACGUCGGCGACCUCAUCGACGGUACCGUCCAUGGACCAGUUGCAAUCUUCCGGGGUCAUGUUUGAGCAACAACAGCAACAAUUGCCGCCUCAACGGCAGCAAGACGAGCAGCAAGAACUGCAACCACAGCAGCAACAGCAACAGUUAGGGAUCGGGCAACAGCCGCAGCAGCAGCAACAGUCGGACUUUAUGCUGUCAAACUUUACGCCCGUGUCCUGUCAAACGCAGUAUUUGGACGCCAAUCAGCAGUCGAUGACUAUGCAGCCACUUAACAAUCUGCUGCAACCAUUACUCUUCGGCAGCAACAAUAACAGCAACAACAACAACCACAGCAUCGACAAGCAACAAGAGUUUGGAACGCUGCUGCAAACAACAAACGGACAAACAUCCGCUCUGGAUGCUAGCCUGAUCUUUGCCUGCGGCGACGGAAUCAAAAGUAAUUCCAACAACAAUAAAUCGCUGAUUGCCAACUUACCCGCAGCAGCUCCAGUGGCGACACCAUCACCCAGCUUUUCCAAUCUGCAACCGUUGUCCAAUCAAACGAAUUCCAUAUUGAAACGUCGCCUGCGCUCAAAUGGUGCACAGGAUGUGCACAAGUUCUCCAAAUUCCAUACGCUAUCGCCACAUCGCUCCAAACUGCGCAAACCCUCGCGCACCCACUACACUCCGGCGCCAAUAUUGAAUCCGGAUCGGAAGGGCACCGGUCUAUAUUACAGUGUACGCAAGCAGCUUGGUCAAAACAUGUUUGAUGCCUUUGACGAUGAUUUCGGUGAUCCUGUGGGCCUGGUGGACUUCUCCGAUGAGUCCAAGGUGAAUCUGGGCUCGACGUAUCAAGCGCAGAUACCCGCCUGCAAGCCACUCGAAGAGGCCAUCAAGGAGACAAUGUGCGCGGACAUGAUGUGGGAUCCUAGCGUACAGAUCGACGAUAAAAUACUGAUGCGCUACAUAGAUCUCAGCAAAUCCUCGGCCGUGCCCAUGGGCAGCCAUUCAGAGGAGGUAGCCCUCCAAGCCCUGCUUGAGGCGAAAGGUAAUUCGGCGGCGGCGGUGUUAACCCUUCUGCAGACGCAGUCCAGCGCAUUCCAAAUGAAAUGGACAGCAUACGAACUGGAGCAGUUUUUACGCGGCCUGGAAAGGCAUGGCAAAGACUUUGGCAAAAUCGCCAGCGAGCUGCUCACCAAGACAUCGGGCGAAUGCGUGCAAAUGUAUUAUUUUUGGAAGAAGCUCUGUGUUGAUUACAAGGUAUCCCACCUGAAAAUGGAGCCAGUUCCGCCCAGCACCCCAGUUGUGGAGCAAAAGCCAUAUGUCUGCGAGAUUGCCGACUGCUCAGCGAGCUUCAGCUCGAAGGCGGCGCUGCACGGUCAUGUUCGCAUACACGCUUAUGGUAGAAAUGCCAGCAACAGCAACAACAACAACAACAACAACAACAAUCAGCAUGCCACGGCAAUUAGUGCCAACAACAGCAACAACCACCAUAGUUCCAGCAACAGCAACAACAACACCAAUAACAGCAACGCAUGCGCGCCCCAGCCUAGCAGCAAUAGCAAUCAAUGCAUCAGUGCAACAAUAACAGCAACAACAACCGUAGCGCACACAAAUGGCAAUAACAGCAGCAACACCAAUACCAAUGCCAACAACAAUAACAGCAACAACAACAACAUGAACAGCAACAUCACCAAUGCAACUGGCACUUCCAUAAACCCAACGUUGCUAUCAGCAGUAGCAACAACAUCGACAGCAACAAAAGACAGCAACAGCAACAAUUCCAAUAUUGCAAAGGACACCGAGUUCCCCUGCAAGGUGUGCGGCAAAGUCUUCAAUAAGGUGAAAAGUCGCAGCGCCCAUAUGAAAACGCAUCGUGUGCAAGAAUCAGAACAAUCAACCAAUUCCAAACAGCAAUCGGCCACCAAUGCAAAUCUGUCUGCUGUUGCCGUGGCAGUGGCACUGGCAGCAGCAUCAGCAUCGGCAUCGGCAGCAGCAGCAGCAUCAGCAGCGUCUGUGGCAUCUACAGCAGCAUCAGCUUCAGCAGCACCCUCUGCAGUAUCGGUUACGGCCUCCACCUCGUCGUAGAUGUGGAUCAUCCGUGCCCAGCAUAGAUUGACAAUCGCGUUAAGCAAGCAGCAAGCAUUGUUUACCAAUCUUAGAAUUAAAUUUUAGUCUUCAAUCAGAACAAAAGCAAAUGAGAAUACAUAAUGUUAAAUGAAACUCAGAGUUGAAUGUAAUGUAUUAAUGUAAGUAAAUGAAUUAUGUAAUUUUGAUGUAUUUAGCAGUUAAUGGCAUUUUUCUCAUACAUACUUUUCACAUGUUUUCUACACGCUCUCCCCUAUCUAUCUAUCUAUCUAUCUAUCAAUCUAUAUAAUUAUCUACUAUCUCUCCUAGCGAACUCUUUGACUUGAUCUGUAGUUAAGGUCUAAGCCAUAAAUUUUACAUACAUACAUAUAACCAUACAUUGAAGCAAGUUCAAAUUGAAUUGUUAUUAACUAUUGUAAGCAAAUGCAAUAUUUGUGUUACAUACUUACAUACAUACAAAACAUAUACCUACCGUAUUUUUAUAGUAGGCGUUUUCUCUCGACUCUCGACUCGACUGUAGUUUUAACAAUUAAUCUAUUAACUAUUAGUAGCGCGUACGUACUGUUAACUACAUGUUUUUCUACUUAAACUAGUUGCAUCACAUUUUACAGAUACUUUACUAGUGCGAUACAUGUUUAGUUUGUAAGAGUUAUGAUCUGUAUCUGUAUGAGUAUAAGGACAUGCAUAAACAUAAUUAU